AGAAGCCCAACAACAGUUUGAGGCUCAACAUGCAGACUUGUAAAUAAAAUCUUUAUUUGACGAUGCCUGAUUUUUUUUUUCUUUCUUUCAAACACGGACGAUACAAAGGAGGAUGGAUAUGGAAGAACAUGGAUCAUUUUAUCUCUUUUUUCUUGAUUAUAAGCGAGUAUCAUGGUUGAAUAGAUAUGAAGACUAGGAAAUUGAAUGGGUGUUGUAAGAGACAUAAAGAAUGAACCAAGAGGAUUUAAUAUGUAUAUAUGUAUAUAUAUAUAUAUAUCAAUCAUGGUAUAAAAGAAUGAAUAGAAUGAUACAUUUGUUCUUUUUUCUUUAUGUUGAAAAAGAAAGUAACUUUUGAGAGUGUGAAUACGAUCAAAGCUGAACCCUUGUUGGUCAACAACAAUCAAAUUAAACAAGAAGUGAAUGAUAAGCCAGAAUGGCAUCAAGAAUCUGUGGCCAUCCCAAGAGACGAUGUACAACUGAUUGCCAAUACAAGAAAACGUAUGCCUCAUAAGACUAAAGCAGCCAAGCAAACAUGCUUAACUGAUGGUCUUCCUCGCAGUAAAUCCAUCAUGACUCAAUACAGAAAACUACUGGACUUGCAUGGCUGUAACAGAGACAUGCUCUUUCGUCGCUUAAUCUAUCAAGACUAUAAAAACAAGCCUGAGGAAAGAAUCUAUCGAUGGAAUUUUGCUUUUCGAUUCUGCGUAUGGUUUGUGGUCAAGAAACAUACCAAGAUUAAACCAUGGAUACUGGCUUCCAAGGACAAGAUAGAGAAAUGGAUCUCAUUCGAAGAAUUACAAGGCUUAAGUCAGUUCUUGACAGAUCAUGCCAUCUCUUUCCAGUUACUUCAAGGUCCCUUGGCAGAUGAGGCUGUUGGCUUAUUUCUGAAGAAAUCAAAUCGAUUGGCCAUCAAAUCCUUUUUAUACACUAUGUGUGCUUUUCUGUAUACAUUUCUGCCUAUCCAACAUUACCAUAGUCGAUUUCAUCCAGACCAAUUUUCUAUUAUUGCAUAACAUUAAAAAAAAAAUAAGCC